CAACGCGUCGUCCUCCCGCUCGCCUCUAGUUUCGGGAAUCUUCCGCUGCCCAGAUCCGCCUACCUCUCCUCGCUCUUCACAUGUCGGCCGGCCUCGGCUCCUCCUCUCUCCUCUCAUCUCACUGUUACCUGUACUGCUGCCAGUAGCCGAGGUCGAGCCUUCGCCGCCCCCCCCCCCCCCCUGCUCGCGCUCUCUCUCUCUCUCUCUCUCUCUCUCACACACACACCUCUUCUCCGUUCCCACACCACCACCAGAGACAAAAACAACUUUGGAGAGAAAAAUAUACAUUAAACCCUAGAUCUUCUCUUCUCGGCAUUGCUGAUUGGGUUGCGCCCUUCUAUGAGCGCGACCUCCCAGUGACGACGCACGGCGAUGGCCUCCGCUGCCGCUGUCAUCCCCUCCGCCGUCUCCGGCGCCGCCGCGGCCGCUGAGCCCGCCGGCUGGCUCAUGGACGAGCGCGACGGCUUCAUCUCCUGGCUGCGCGGCGAGUUCGCGGCCGCCAACGCCAUCAUCGACCUCCUCGUGGUCCACCUCCGCGCCGUCGGCGACCCGGGGGAGUACGACCACGUCGCCGCCGCCGUGCAGCAGCGCCGCCACCACUGGACUCCCGUUAUCCACAUGCAGCAGUUCUUCCCCGUCGCCGACGUCUCCUUCGCGCUCCAGCAGGCCGGGUGGCGCAGACGCGCGUCACCGGCACAGGCGCUCGGGGCUGGCGCGUCGCGGUCCCCUCCGCCGCCGCCGCCACCACGGCGGCCAGCGUUCUCGCCGUCUCACCACUCCCACCAACACCAUCGCCACGGUGGUCACCAUCGCCACGAUCCGACGCGCGGGGGCGGCGCGGUUGCGGCGGCUGGAUCCGAGAAAGAUGGACGUGAAGUUCAUAACAAGGAAGGGAAGGGGCUGAAAGAAGUGGAGAAUGUGGUCGAUACUAAAAGCUUGUGGUUGGAUUCCCCUGUAACUGAUGAAGGUGGAAAACACCCAAAUCUGCAAGCUGUUUCUGAAGGAAGCAGCAAAGUGAUUUCAACUCCUGUAGAGCAUUCAACCAAUGAAAUCAUUGAUGGCAAGACGGUUAAUUCUGUUGAAGGGCUCAAGGUUUAUGAAGGGUUGGUAAAUGUGAUCGAGACAAAUAAGAUUCUUUCUUUAGUUAAUGAAACAAAAGCUUCUUGCCGACGUGUGGGGCUUGAAGCUGGGCAGACAGUUAUAAUUGGUAAAAGACCAAUGAAGGGGCAUGGAAGGGAAAUUGUUCAGCUGGGUGUCCCUAUCAUCGAAGGCCCUCUUGAUGAUGAAAAUCAAAGAGACGCAAGGGUGGAAGCGGUUCCUGGGUUGCUCCAUGAUCUCUUUGAUCGCUUGGUUCAGCAGGAAAUUAUACCUUUCAAACCAGAUUAUUGUGCUAUCGACUUCUUCAAUGAGGGAGACUAUUCUCAUCCUCACCACUCCCCUCCUUGGUAUGGUAGACCUCUUUGUAUGCUCUGCCUGACAGAUUGUGAUAUGGUGUUUGGCCGAGUUAUUUCAGGAGAACGAGGUGAUCAUAGAGGUCCUCUGAAGCUCUCGCUCACAACUGGGUCUCUUCUACUCUUGCAUGGGAAAAGUGCUGAUUUUGCCAAGCGAGCUAUUCCUGGUACACGAAAGCAGCGAGUCCUACUAAAUUUUGGAAAGUCUGUAGCAAGAAAGCACAUCCCAGCUGAAAGUGCUUCACGGUUUACUCCUCCAUUAACACCUCCUUCUAUGCCCUGGGGUCCAUCAUCAAGGCCGGGUAACAUCUUGCGUCAUCCCCCAAGUCCUAAACACUUUGGAUAUGCUCCCAACAGUGGUGUAUUUCCAGCACCAACCGUUGGACCUCAUCACAUCCCUCCAUCUGAUGGAAUGCAACCACUAUUUGUAGCGCCUGCUCCUGUUGCUGCCGCCGCCAUACCUUUUCCGCCAGCUGUUCCCUUGCCAAACACAACAGCAGCUUGGAUGCCAGAAGUUACUCCGAGGCCUGCUCCACCUCGAUUCCCUGGGCCAGGUACAGGGGUCUUCCUUCCUCCAGGAUCAGGUCACCCACUGCCUCAUCAGAUGAUGCCAGCUUCUCAUGGUCAUGCUGAACCUAUCUCUCCACAAGGUUCAUCUGCUUAUCUGCAUAACAAGAGCACUGGCAUGGAGAUGGCUAACGGCAAUCUUUCUUCAAAGAACUCGCUAACAAAAAGAUCCGAUACCAUUGAGGAGAAACCAGAAUGCAAUGGGAGCUCUAAUGGUGGUGGCAGCUUUGUGAAUGAAAAGUUAACUUUAGGCAAGGAGCAGCAGAAUGGUGGUAUGAAGAAUGCUGGGAACAGCAAGGUCCAGCCGAAUGCCACUAAAUAGAAGGGAAAGUAUAGUAAAUAGACAACACAAAAUGAAGACACGAGGAAACUUAAAUUUUUUGGACUGUGAUUUUGCGGGAGCAUGCUGAGCUUUACUGAGGUCUUCAUUGGCAACAUUCUUAUCCUUGACAAGAAACCUCGAUGUCGAGUUCGUAAGACUGAGUGCUGUCUUAAAUUUUGUAGCUGCUCUGUAGCAAAACUGGAUUUCUCACGCUGCCUUAAGUUAUCAUCUGCCAUCAUUUCGAAAAUGUGGGGCUAGAUCUUCCAUAAUGUGUUCUUUGGGCAGUAAGACCAUUUCUGGUACAUUUAAUCUUAUCAGCCUAAUGUAUCAGAAAUGGAAAAAAUGCGAAGGGAACUUCUUGCAUGCUGAUGGUCCUUGUAACACUUUGCAUUGUGACCUUUGAUGCAUCUGUAGCAGACUACUGAUGGCAAUUGUUCCCUGCUGAUGGUUGGGUCUACAGAUGUACUUAUAUGCACGUGUAACCUUGCAACCUACCCUUCAACCUGAAAUGUGGAGGAAAGAUGGCUAUGUGCCUA